CUGGCCCCGCCCCAGGUCUCUGGACUCCGAGUGGGGAGGACCUCGCGAGGCGGGAUCUCCGGCCGGAAGUCGAGGGGAGGAGCCUAGCACCGCGGGCGCCGGAGCGCCGGAAGUUGUGCUCUCCGUGGUUGGGGUUCUUCCUACCUUGUUCCCCGUGGCUCUGCUUCCGAUGUAGAAAGGCUCCCGCGACCUGUUCCUCAGCUCGGCUUCGCCGUCGGACUUGCGCGAUGUCUGCGAUCCCUGCGGAGGAGAGCGACCAGCUGCUGAUCCGGCCCCUGGGAGCUGGCCAAGAAGUAGGACGAUCAUGUAUUAUUCUGGAGUUCAAAGGAAGAAAAAUAAUGUUGGACUGUGGGAUCCACCCUGGCCUAGAAGGAAUGGACGCUCUUCCUUACAUCGAUCUAAUUGACCCGGCGGAGAUUGACCUCCUGCUCAUUAGUCACUUCCAUUUGGAUCACUGUGGCGCUCUGCCCUGGUUUCUACAGAAGACGAGUUUCAAAGGAAGGACAUUCAUGACUCACGCUACUAAAGCUAUCUACAGGUGGCUCCUUUCAGACUACGUCAAAGUCAGUAACAUAUCGGCGGACGACAUGCUGUACACCGAGACCGACCUGGAAGAGAGCAUGGACAAAAUCGAGACCAUCAACUUCCAUGAAGUUAAGGAGGUCGCGGGAAUCAAGUUUUGGUGUUACCACGCGGGCCACGUGCUCGGAGCUGCCAUGUUCAUGAUUGAGAUCGCGGGCGUGAAGCUUUUGUAUACAGGUGACUUCUCAAGACAAGAAGACAGACACUUAAUGGCAGCUGAGAUUCCAAAUAUUAAGCCUGACAUUCUUAUCAUUGAAUCAACGUAUGGGACCCACAUCCACGAGAAGCGGGAAGAGCGAGAGGCGCGGUUCUGCAACACGGUCCACGAUAUUGUGAACAGAGGCGGCCGGGGCCUCAUCCCUGUCUUUGCUCUUGGGCGGGCUCAGGAGCUGCUCCUGAUUCUAGAUGAGUACUGGCAGAACCACCCGGAGCUCCAUGAUAUUCCAAUAUACUACGCAUCAUCUUUGGCCAAGAAGUGUAUGGCCGUGUACCAGACAUACGUGAACGCCAUGAACGACAAAAUCCGCAAGCAGAUCAACAUCAAUAAUCCCUUUGUUUUCAAGCACAUUAGUAACCUUAAGAGCAUGGACCAUUUUGACGACAUUGGGCCCAGCGUGGUGAUGGCCUCCCCGGGCAUGAUGCAGAGCGGCCUGUCCAGGGAGCUCUUCGAGAGCUGGUGCACGGACAAGAGGAACGGCGUCAUCAUCGCAGGCUACUGUGUGGAGGGCACGCUGGCCAAGCACAUCAUGUCUGAACCUGAAGAGAUCACGACCAUGUCUGGACAGAAGCUUCCAUUGAAAAUGUCUGUUGAUUACAUUUCUUUCUCCGCUCACACAGAUUACCAGCAAACCAGCGAAUUCAUCCGCGCUUUGAAACCGCCUCACGUGAUUUUAGUCCAUGGAGAACAGAACGAAAUGGCCCGAUUGAAAGCAGCCCUGAUUCGAGAAUAUGAAGAUAAUGACGAAGUUCACAUAGAGGUUCAUAAUCCUCGGAACACAGAAGCUGUGACCUUGAACUUCAGAGGGGAAAAACUAGCCAAGGUCAUGGGCUUUUUAGCAGACAAGAAGCCAGAACAAGGCCAGCGGGUCUCGGGAAUCCUUGUUAAGAGAAACUUUAAUUAUCACAUUCUUUCUCCUUGUGACCUGUCCAAUUAUACUGACCUGGCCAUGAGCACUGUGAAGCAGACCCAAGCCAUUCCCUAUACUGGGCCCUUUAAUUUGCUCUAUUACCAGCUGCAGAAACUGACAGGUGAUGUAGAAGAAUUAGAAAUUCAAGAAAAACCUGCUUUGAAAGUGUUCAAAAAUAUUACUGUAAUACAGGAACCAGGAAUGGUGGUGUUAGAAUGGCUCGCUAACCCUGCCAACGACAUGUACGCAGACACCGUGACAACCGUGGUCCUCGAGGUGCAGUCAAACCCGAAAAUCAGAAAAGGUGCCGUGCAGAAGGCGUCUAAGAAGUUGGAGAUGCACGUGUACAGCAAGAGGUUGGAGGUCAUGCUCCAGGACAUAUUUGGAGAAGACUGUGUGAGUGUGAAAGACGGCGCCCUGCUCAGUGUCACCGUGGACGGGAAAACGGCGAACGUGAACUUGGAGACCCGGACUGUCGAGUGUGAGGAAGGGAGCGAAGAUGACGAGUGUCUCCGGGAAAUGGUGGAGCUGGCCGCACAGAGGCUGUACGAGGCCCUCACGCCGGUGCACUGAGCCCGCCCGCCGGCCGGCUGUGCCGGAACGUUCCUGUGAUGCUCGCCUUUACUUCUGUUACUUAAAGGAAACACAUUCCUUUCUCGGGGCGGCCUGUUUACUUUGGACGUCAGACGGCUUUUAUUCCAGUAGUUAGCAUACCAUAAAGUACCAACGAAUCUGUUCAUUACUUUAGAACUGCUGAAUAAACCGUUUAGAAUUCAUUGACUCCACGUCUAGGCACGGAUGCAGCUCCCAGUAAACUUUAAAAAUCUGCUCACAGCGCCCUGGCCAGGCGGCUCAGAGGCCCGCUGUUGGGAGCAACGUCCUGUGCACCCAAACGUUGCGGCUCCAUUCCCGUCAGGGCACAUCCCCAGGUUGCAGGUUCAUCCCGUCGGCAUGACCGAUAUUCUCUCCCUUCCUCUCUCUCAAAUCAAUAAACACGUCCUCGGGUGAGGAUUGUUCAUUAAAUCUUCAUAGCAAC